AUGCCCAACGACACGCACCUCGACUGGUACUGUCACAGCUGCCACAAUGAGUGGCAGCGCAUAGACGACAGUACCCAAUGUCCUACUUGCAGGAGCUUGUGCACCGAGCUCAUUACGCCCGACAACGACCCCCGCCAGUUCCAUCGCCGGGGCCAAAGUUCAAACCCGCCGCAGAGCCCCGAUGCUCGGCCCGCUGCCGAUUCGGCAGCAGGCCCCGGCCACGAUACGAACGCGCAGCCGGCGCAGAGCCCAACUGGCGCAGCAGGGCAGGGAGGGACUGGGACACCGGGCACAGGUCAGGGAGAGACUGGGACACCGGGCACAGGUCAGGGAGGGACUGGGACAUCGAGCACAGGUACCGGGCAGCGCAUCAUCUUCACGGUGCCGCUGGGCGUCCUGGUGACCUUCUACGCCGCCCAAUCCCCGACAACAUUAUUGCCCACGUCACCCAGCGACAGCAGCUCCCCUCUGUCGUCGGUCUCCUAUCUGUUGGCAACACUGACAUUGCCGUCGCCACCAAAUUCUGUCGCAUCUGGGCAAGGCGCGUUCGCACAUCCAACGGAAUCACCAAUAGCAGAAACAGACUCUGUUACAUCUGCGUCGAGGCAGACCCAACCCGGCGAUAGAACAGAAGCCCCGGCUCCCCCAACCCCCUCAACUCCCGGAAUCACCACAACUAGCACGACGGCUGCGCACAGGCAAUUCAUCCCAACCGCGCAGCCAACUUCAGACGAAACUCCCACCGCCGAUCCCCACACACCCGCCCAUGACGACACCGAACCCCAUUCAUCCCCUCCCCGCCAAGUGCUCUCCCUCAUCCUGGCCCUCUCCCUCCUCACGCGGACCCCACUCACCCCCGAGGAGGGUGCCAUCCUUCGCGGCGACGAGCCCACCACGCCUGCGGCGCUGCACCGCAUCCUGGCCCGCCUCGUCGAGGAAGCCCAGGUCCUGGCUGCGCAGCUGCAGCCUGCCCCUAUCGGCGGCGCGCCACCUGCGAGCGAGGCGGCGCUUGAGAGGUGCCUCAGGCCAAGGAAGCUGGAGAAGGAGUUGCUUGGUCUUGAGACAGGGGAUGAGACAAAAGAGGAGGGGGUGACGUGCGUUGUGUGUGUGGAGGAGAUGCGGCUGGGAGAGGAGGUUGCGGUGCUGCCGUGCCGGCAUGUCUUUCAUGGGCAGUGCAUUGGGCAGUGGCUGGCGUUGCACAAUACGUGCCCUGUGUGCCGACGGUCAGUUGAGGGGGACGGAGCACAGAAAGGAGAUUAG